AUGGGCCUGAACGUGCUGCCGGGCAUGGAGCGGUCGCCAGCCGGCGAGGACGCGGACGACGAGAGCGCGGCCGGCGCGCCGACCCUGCUCAGCCUGGCGUACGGUGGCGGCCAUCUGGCGGCGGCCCUGUACGACCCGCUCAGCAUGACGCUGCGCGCCCUGCUCGGCCAGGUGCAGCCCGACCAGGUCAGUGCCCCGGCCGACAUGGUAGCGUUCAAGGUGAUCACCAGCGGCCGCCAGGACGAGCGGCUGCUCACGCAGCUGUCCGAGCUGGUGGCGGCGGACGCCCGCGCGGGCGACGACCAGUCCCGACUGCAGCUGCAGCCGGCCGGCGACUUCCGCGCCGACAGCUGCCGCCACCGCGUGAUGGCCGUGCAGCUGCCGGAAGAGACAUCUGGUGACGAGCAGGCACACUACAACUUCAUCACCUCCCGCGUGGACUUCUCGCAGACGACGAUGAUUCGUGCGUUCGGCGGGCUGCUGCGGUUCCUGGACCGGCGGCCGCUGGAGACGCUCAGCCGGCAGCCGGUGAUGCGGCUGGAGACGCUGUCGCUGGAGGACGUGAUGUACGUCAGCAGCGGCGCCUUCCAGACGCUGCAGGUGUUCUCGGCCGACCGGCAUCCGUCGUCGUUCAAGGCGAAUGCGACGCGAGAGGGUCUGAGUGUGUUCGCCGCUCUCAACAAGUGCUGCUCGCCGCUGGGCGUGGCCCACCUGCGUCGUGUGCUGCUGCAGCCGUUGACCAACCGCGCGCGCAUAGAGCAGCGGCUGGACGCAGUCGAGUUCUUCACGCGGCCGGGCAGUGAGGACGUGCUGACCUCGCUGCAGUCCUGUCUGCGCCGCGUGCGCAACCUCACGCCGCUGCUGAAUCGGCUACGCAAUGCGCGCGCGCUGGCCGGCGACUGGGGCACGUUGUACGACUCGCUCCGCGGCUGCGUGGUGGUCGGCGAGAUCUGUCGGGAGCUGCCGCGCGGCGUGGCGCUGUUCGAGCGGGUGGCGGCCGCCGACAGUGGCGCCGUGCAGCGACUGGUGCACACACUACACGCCACCGUCAACCUGACCGAGACCCGUGAGCUGCGCCGAUUUAGCGUCCAGCUGGGCCUCGAUGACGCGCUCGACCGGCACAAGCGGACAUACGCCGAACUGCCGGAGCUGCUGUCGCGCGAGAUGGCCGCCCAGCAGGAGCAGCUACCCGAUGAGGUGCAGACGUGCAGCAUGGUCUUCCUGCCGCAGAUCGGCUUCCUCAUCAUGGUGGACGAGUGGCGCGUCGGCGACGUGGCGACGGCCAUCCGGGACGGCGAGACGCUGGUCAUGCUCCGGCUGUCGGCGCUGGUGCUGGCCGCCGCCGAGCAGGUGCACCGGCUGACGGCUCUCUGCGGCGAGCUGGAUGCCGUGAUGGCGCUGGCGCGCGCUGCCGCCGAGUUCGGUUACGUGCGGCCGCAGUUCGUCGACGACAACGUGCUGGAGCUGGUACAGAGCCGCCACCCGCUUCUGGAGCUUUGCGCCGACGUGGUGGUACCCAACGACUUCUUCAGCGACGGCGGUGGCUUGCGCGACCGGCUCAAGCUGGUGACGGGCGCCAACGGUGGCGGCAAGUCAGUCUACCUGCGCCAGGUGGCGCUGGCCGUGCUGAUGGCGCAGGCCGGGUCGUUCGUGGCGGCCUCGUCGGUGCGGCUGGGCGUGCAGCGCGCCCUGCUGACGGUGACGCCGCCGGCGCUGACCGGCGCCACCGCCGGCUCGGCCUUCCUGGCCGAGCUGCGCCAGCUGUGCGCCGCGCUGGCCGAGAGUGGCGAGCGCACCCUGCUGCUGGUCGACGAGUUCGGCGGCGGCACGCUGGCCGAGGAUGGCGCCGCGCUGCUGGCCGCCCUGGUGACGCCCGUCUGUCCCGAGCUGGUGGCCGAGCCGGGUGCCGAACAAGUCACUUUCCUCUACCAGAUGACGACCGGCGCGGCCGGCAAGAGCUACGCCCUGGCGGCGGCGCGGCUCGCCUGCCUGCCCCACACGCUGAUCGAGCGGGCGGCGGAGCUGCGCGAGGCACAUGUGGCUCGCUGCCGGCGCGCCGCCGAGCUCUUCUUGCGCGCCGACCUGGAGGCGGAUGAGCCGCGCGAGCUGCUGCGGCGGGUGCGGGCCGAGUACCGCGCCAGUCUGGACGAGGCCACGGAGGAGUCGGCGGCGGCGGCGGCCGGCGCCGACGGGACGCGGAGCGCGGAGGGACCUGCGCCGGAGGCGGCGGAGGCCGAGGAGCGUGUGUCGGAGACGCCGCUGGGCACGCCCCUGAUGGGCGAGCAGGCGUUCCUCGCGCCCGUGCGCCGGUGA